AGGCGGCCGGUUGCUAGGAGACGGCUCGAGGCCUCAGCUUGCCGCCGCUGUGGAGCAAGAGGCGGGACUGCUGACUGCGUGACGUCACCUGCACCGGAGGAUCCGGAGCCCCGGACUGUAGUGGAGCCUCCGGUAAUUGGACUGGAGAUGUCGUUCUGCCUGACUGAGCUGUACCUGUGGUCUCUGAAGAAUACCUUGCACGUCGGAGAUGAAGAUCUUGGAGUACAUCAUUAUCAUGAAAAGAAGGAAUCGGCUCCUCGGCCGGAGUAUGGAUACUUGGAGGAGAAGCAGCAGCUUUCUGAAUCACGGGGACUCCCUUGGGUACUGAAGAACAAGCGCCCAGAAAAGCUACGGGACAAUAUCAUGGAGCUUGAGGAGCUGAUGCAGAGCAAUGAGUGUGUGCUCAGCAAAUGGAAGAACAAAUAUGUCUGUCAGCUUCUCUUCGGUUCAGGUGUGCUCGUGUCCAUAAGCCUUUCAGGGCCACAGCUGGAUAAGGUGGUGAUUGACAGGACCCUGGUGGGGAAGCUCAUCUCAAACCCCAUCAGUGAUGCUGUCUUUACCGACACUUUCAUCAUCUUGUCAUUUCUCAAGGAAAACAAACUUUGUCUUAUUCAGUUUACAAAGAAGACUGGCUCUCCCGAUAUAAACAGACACAUGGAGAAACUCUCCUCCCAGGAUAUGAAGGUCACAUAUGUUGAUAUGCCAGGACCUAAAGUUCGGCACCUCAAUCGUCGCCUUGUGAUAAAUUGUGUACAGGAUCUUGCCAUUUGUUGGUGGCAAGUACCUGCUGAUGAUAUCUGGCCUUGGGCUCCAAUAUCAAGUGAAAAAGACAGGGCUAACCUAGUCCUGUUAGACUGUUCUAAUAACAGACUAGAGGUGUUGACUUACAUCCGCACAGAGGGAGAUAUGCUCGAUGCUAGCUUCAGCAUUACUCAGCCUUACCAGGUCCAUACAGUAGAGAACUCAUUGAGCUCAGACAAGGGACCUAUGGCUGACAGCUGCAUCUAUGAAUGUGCAAGAAGCAAAAUGCAGUGCAUUUCAGUCACUAAAAUUCCCCUCAAUUCCCGAGCUAUAAGCUGUGGCAGGAACAGGGCCGAGGACAAGCUUGUUCUUGGCUGUGAAGAUUCUUCAGUAAUUCUUUAUGAGUCUCAACGCAGGGUGACUCUUCUGGCCCAGGCUGAUGUUUUGCCGGCGUUAGUCCAGUGGCACCCUGCUGGAUGUAUUUUUGUGCUUAGCAACAAUCAAGGGGAGCUUCAGAUAUUUGACAUGGCACUGUCUCCUAUUAAAGUCCAGCUUCUUGCUGAAAACCUUGCGCCAACAUCCACCCUACAAUGCAGUAAACCGUUUGAGGUGUCCAGCAGCCUGGUGGACAUGAAGUGGACUUACCCUCAUACCACAGCCCAAUGCAUUGAUAGUGCUGAUAUAUAUAAUCUUCUCUUUCUGAGAUUUCACGGGGGACCCUUAGGAGUUCUUCAGUUCAAGCUUGGUGCUUUAUCCAGAGGACAGCUGGGACCUGUGGAGCUUGUCUCUCAGUACCUCCGACAUGAAGAAGUAGAUGAAGCUAUCGCUAUACUGACAUGUUUGAGUUGGAACACAGCUGGACUACAGUGCUAUACAUGCAUGAGCGCCAUUGUAAACCAUCUCCUAAGGCAGAAACUCACCCCUGACAAAGAAGCUCAACUGGAGACCUGCCUUGGCACCUUCUAUUCACCAACCUGCCCUCUUCUGGACACCAUCAUAAUGGAGUACAGAGACCCAAUCAGUAGAUAUGCCCGGAGAUUUUUUCACCAUCUUCUGAGGCAUCAGCGAUUUGAAAAAGCUUUUCUGCUUGCAGUAGAUAUUGGUGCACGGGAUCUGUUCAUGGACAUCCAUUACCUUGCACUAGAUAAGGGUGAAUGGGCACUAGCUAAAGUGGCAAAGAAAAAGGCUGAGGAAAUAGAUGCAGAAUCAAUAAACGCUGGAGUUGAGUCUUUGGUGGCAGCAGAUGGUGUGAGUGAAGCUUUUGUUGAUCUGUCUUUGAGUAAUCAGGACGAGAGAGGUUUAGAAAGAGUCUCCUCUGUGGGCUCUAUGAAAAACAUCACAGGCAACAGACAAUUAGUUCACAUAGAGAACGAGAUUGGAAUUGAAGUCUACGCUGAAUCUCUGAAUAAAACACUACCUUGGAAUCGGGGAGAAGAUGAUUUAGCAAGAGAGGACCCUGGCGGCUGCGGCUCCCUGAAAGUGGUGCAUUUUGGUUUGGUGUGAUUGGAGAAGACUACAAAGAAAGAUCGUAACUCUGCAAGUGAAAUUCCCCUAGAUCAUCAUUUGUCAUUUUCAAUAACCAUUCCUCUACAUGUAUUUUGUAUUAAUUAUGUGUAUUCGAUACAUUUUGUACUUAAUUUUUUAAAAUUAUUUAAAUAUAUAAAUUUGCCACAUCAUCUGUUGACUGUUUAUUAAAUUUCAUUUUAU